AUGAAAGAAACUUGUGGAUGGACAGCGCAGCCCUGCAGUUCUAAUUUGGUUGCUUUGGCGAAUGGAGUUCGUCCGCGCGUGCUAGGAGCAGAUCGAGGGACGGUGCGGAAAAGUGUUUGGAGUGCAAAAGAGGUAUUUUUUGCAAGCACGAUCCUCACGAAUUGUUUACAAGACGAUGGAACUUCUAAGUUAACAUGUUGGGCAUUUUGGAACAUUUUGGAAGGUUAGAUAUUGAUUCCAAAAUGUUGAAGAAAUAACACUGAGGGAGUCCCCGAACUGGAGCCACGUGGUCGUCUCUCGGCAGGAACUUCGCGUGGACGUGGGGCUCCGUGACGUCACGUUGAUGAGGGCAGACUUCUCCCUCGGUGGUGCUGGGGGCAGCGUGGUCCGUCGCCGCCGCC